AAUAUCAAAAUCACAUAUCAAAAAUUUUGAUUGACGUGUAUUAGCUAAAUUUUCUCUUACACCACACCUAGCAAAUUGCUUUUUUUUAUUUUUUUGAAAAAGAAAAAAACUUGGCGGAUAAACAGAGGGUAUUGUUUGGUUUAUAAAGGGUGUUUGUGUCUAAACAGAAUAUAUUGUACUUGAUCUUUCAACCAACUGAUAUCGUACUCUUUCAUCACGUACUACUAUAAAUUUAAAACAUCAAGCUAACUUGCUCUAUAAAUAAAUUAUCUUCCAUUUCCUAAUUGUUCCAUCACAAAAGCGUUGAAUCUUUAAUACACUAAUUAAGGACUCACAGGCGAUCGAUCCUCGUCUCUUCCAUUUUCAGAAUGGACAUUAGUGAAGAAAGGAUGGAGAUGAAGCAGCAGUUAGAGUGGAAUGAAGCUCAGAAGGCUGUGAUAAAUGUGGACCUUGUUGCUGCAGCUAAAGAGCAGCUCAACUUUCUUUCUACCAUCGAUAGGAACCGUUGGCUGUAUGAAGGCCGUGGUCUGGAUAAAGCUAUUCAUAGGUACUACUCAUGCUGGCUGCCACUGUUGGCAAAACACUCUGAGUCCCGCUACUUUGACGGACCUUUGAUUGUUCCUUUGGAUUGUGAAUGGAUUUGGCAUUGUCACAGGCUCAAUCCUGUUAGAUACAAGGCUGACUGCGAGAAAUUAUAUGGGAGAAUUCUUGACAACCAUGAUGUUGUAUCUUCUCUGAAUGCGAAAUCAAAGCAGGAAUCUGAAGAACUGUGGAAACGUUUGUAUCCUAAUGAGACUUAUGACUUGGACUCAGCAAGAGCUCUUUCAGAAGAUGUCCAUGCACAACCUUUACAAGCUGAAAAAUGCAGUGAUUAUGAUCUAGUCUCUGCUGUUAAACGGCAAAGCCCUUUCUUCUACCAGGUAUCUAGACCACACAUAAACAGUGAUCUCUAUCUUGAAGGUGCUGUGGCUCGAUACAAGGGUUUCUUACAUCUGAUCCGGAGAAACAAAGAAAGAUCGAUUAAGAGUUUCACUGUUCCAACUUAUGACAUAGACCUUAUCUGGCACACUCACCAGUUACAUCCUGCUUCUUAUUGCAAAGACCUUGUUGACAUUAUGGGUAAGGUGUUAGAACAUGAUGAUACUGACUCAGACCGAACAAAAGGGCAAAAGUUGGAUACUGGAUUUUCUCGAACUACAAAGCAGUGGGAGGAGACAUAUGGUUCAAGAUAUUGGCGGGCAGGUGCAAUGUAUAGAGGCAGUUCACCAUCUCCUCUUAGGACUUCUUAUUUCCCCUCCAAGCCUACAACCAAGAACAUAGAUGUUUUCCAUGAGCACCAAAAGAUAAUGUAUUAUCCUGCGAUGGAAGCAGUGGAAGUUAUGUUAGAGUUCGUAGAUAUCAGAAACUUGCCAGAAGGACACAAGGGAAGUGUCUUUGUCUCAUUUAGCAAAACUCAACCUGAUAGAAUCUUCAAUGCAAAGAGACAACUUACUAUUUCGUCCAUAACUGGGGAAAAACAGGUUGCUUAUUUCCAUUGUGAACCUAAUGGUCAUCUUCUUUUUGAUCUCAUGUCCUCCUCAUCAUCUGGUUUGCCUAUUCCAAAUUCUGUCAAAUCUAUGGGUUCCGCUAAAGUCUCUUUAGAAGAUUUGGUUAGCCCGAAUUCAAAACUUACAGUGGAGAAGUGGUUGGAAGUUGUGCCAAGUUCUAAAAUGGAAACAGUAAAGCCAAUCUGUUUACGGGUAGCUGUCUCAGUUACAACACCUACUGCAGCACCAUAUGUCUUUCACUUUGUUCGUCCUCGAGCAUUCUCCAAAGCUUCUUGCUUUUUCCCACUUCCUGGAAGGAUUCAAAAUACUAAGAAUUGGACUCGUGUCAUUGAUGAUGCUGGUGAUGAGGUCAUUAGCCUUCAAAUGAGGGACUUGAAGAAAUCCAAGGGUAAAAACGAUUCUACGUUGCGCAAAGAGGUGAUCGGCAUCAGCAGGUCCGGUGAGGUACAUUCUCUUGCUGAGUUAGUAGGGGAAGAGUGGUUGCUGUUAGAUGCUCAGUGGUCCCUUCAACUUCAAACAUCCAGCAGCGACGACGGACACCUUUUUGAGUUGGCUGGUCACAGGAAUUUCCGGCACUCAUAUUUUGUACAGGUGAAGUUCUUCCCUGGUCAGAGGCUGGAUUAUGAACACAACCAUUGCACAAACCAAAGAAGUCAAGAUGAUUUUAUGACAGCAGUAGAGUUCUCUGCACUGGAACCUUAUGGAAAGGCAGUAGCAUUGGUUGACUUGAAAUUUGGAGUUAUUAAUGUGAAAGAGGAGUGGUUUCUUUUGCCUGGUUCUAUAACAGCUUUCGUACUUUGUGAUAUAUUGAGAAAGGAAGGGUAUAGUAGCCUGGUCGGCAGUGCCAAACAUUUGAAAGAGAAGGAUUUUUCCACCCAGGAAACUGACUUGUGCCAUGAAGAUAGUCUGGAAUCUGAGACAGAGAAGGGGGUGCAGUUGGACCUGGAGGCUCCCAAAGGAAACAUUGUAGCACCCGCAAAUGGAGCAAUCAGUGGAGGGUUCAGUAAUCUUACGAGGAGUGGAGCCUGUGGCAAUUGUGGUGCUGCUGGUUGUGGAAACAAAUUAGAGAGUGGUGGUUGUGGUGGGUGUGGAAGUGGAGGCUGUGGAACUAUGUUAGAAAGCAGUGGUUGUGGGGGCAGUGGCGGCUGUGGUGGAGGAGGUUGUGGAAAUAUGUUGAAAAGCAGUGGUUGUGGAGGCUGUGGUGGCAGUGGUGGCUGUGGUGGUGGUUGUGGUGGAGGUUGUGGAAAUAUGUUGGAAACCAGUGGUUGUGGAGGCUGUGGUAGCAGUGGCGGCUGUGGUGGUGGUGGUUGUGGUGGAGGAGGUUGUGGAAAUAUGUUGAAAAGCAGUGGCUGUGGUGGAGGAGGUUGUGGAAAUAUGUUGGAAAGCAGUGGCUGUGGUGGAGGAGGUUGUGGAAAUAUGUUGGAAAGCAGUGGCUGUGGUGGCUGUGGUGAGGUUGUGGCAAUAUGUUGAAAAGCAGUGGUUGUGGUAGUUGUGGUGGAGGAGGUUGUGGGAACAUGUCCAAAAGCAGUGGUUGUGGCGGCUGUGGUGGUGGUGCAUGUGGUAAUGGUUUGGCAUCUGUGAAAACUGCUAAGUUAAUGCAUAAAUGACAUCCCAAAGGAAACUGAUGCUAAAAUUAAAGCUGAUGAAGUCCUAUCACUUUCAUGCUUUUUACUGUUUGUGGAACCCUUUCCUUAUUAUUACACAAUAAGCUCUUCAUGACACUCCUGCGUCAUGUAAUCAGGAUUUCAGCUGUUUGGAAAUGUUUGUUGAUGUGUUGUUGUAUUAUAAUGAAUAUUACAAGGAAAUCAAGUGUCAAGGAUGAAUGUACUCAUCUGGUUCUAUUUGUAUUAUUAUGAAUGUAAAAAGGGAAUAAAGUGUCAAGGAUGAAUGUAGGUUCAACUAUAAGUUGUUCUAGUGUCUGGUUUGUGUGUCUUGUCUGUGUAAAUGCUAUUAUGGAAUAAAACAAAGGAGGCUGUGUUGUUUGCGUA